ACAGAGGGAGUAAGCCCCCCGUUCACAGCUCGAGUGCCCAGCUCUGCCUCAGCCUAUGAUCAAAGAGGAUUGGCCCCGGGUCAGGAUUACCAGGUCACUGUCCGUGCCCUUCGAGGGACCAGCUGGGGUCCUCCCGCUUCUAAGACCAUCACCACCAUGAUCGAUGGUCCGCAGGACCUCCGCGUGGUAGCUGUGACACCCACCACCCUGGAGCUCAGCUGGCUCCGCCCACAGGCUGAGGUUGACCGAUUUGUGGUGUCCUACGUCAGUGCUGGCAACCAGAGGGUGCGGUUGGAAGUUCCCCCAGAGGCAGACGGGACGCUGCUGACUGACCUGAUGCCAGGCGUGGAAUAUGUGGUGACUGUCACAGCAGAGAGAGGCCGGGCAGUCAGUUACCCGGCUUCCAUCAGGGCCAAUACAGCACCAGGCCACUACAAUUAUCCGGAGGUGCGCCCCCCAGCCCCACCCCCCCAGCCCCGUCCCCGGCCUGCCCCGGAUGCUCCGCCUCCGCGGCCCCCUCGGCCCUCGAGGCCAGCAGAGGAGGGCGAGGAGGAGUCGCACCCCCGGCCCGGCCCACCUCUGCCCCCUCGGCGGCCGUGGGGCAACCUGACUGCCGAACUGGGCCGCUUCCACGGCACGGUGCAGGACCUGGAGCGCCACCUGCGAGCUCGCAGCUACCCACUGCGGGCCAACCAGACCUACACGUCCGUGGCGCGCCAAAUCCACGAAUUCCUGAAGCGGCAUCGGACCGCAGGCUCCCCGGCAACUCCGCCCCGUCGCCCCUACCCCACCGCCAGCCCCUCCCCGGGCAACAAGAAGCGGGACUCCAGCCAGGGCAACUAUGGCCCUUCGCCCGAAGGCGUCAACGUGGUGGCUGUGCCCCGUCAUCCCAAGCCUGAGGUCCUGGGCAGUUCUUCCGAUGGCGCGCUACUCGUGUCUCUCGAUGGGCUCCGCGGCCAGUUCGAGCGCGUGGUGCUGCGCUGGCGUCCCCAGCCACCCGCCGAGGGGCCCGGCGGGGAGCUGACUGUGCCCGGCACCACGCGCACCGUCAGCCUACCUGACCUCAGGCCCGGCACCACCUACCACGUGGAGGUCCACGGGGUGCGGGCGGGGCAGGCCUCCAAGUCCUACGCCUUCAUCACCACCACAGGGUCCUCACCCUCUGGCCUGGAGGCCACUGAUGAGCCUCCUCCCUCAGGCCCCUCAACGACCCAAGGGGCAGAGGCCCCUAUUGUGCUUCAGCGCCCUCAGGAACUGGGAGAGUUGAGGGUGCUGGGCAGAGACGAGGCAGGGCGUCUCCGUGUGGCCUGGACUGCACAGCCCGACACCUUUGCCCACUUCCAGCUGCACCUGCAGGUGCCUGAGUGGCCAGGGGCACAUGAAGAACUGCUGCCAGGAGAUGUCCGCCAGGCUCUGGUGCCCCCACCUCCUCCUGGAGCUUCCUACACUCUGUUACUUCAUGGGGUUCCCCCUGGGGGCAAUCCCUCUGUUCCUAUCACCUACCAAGGCAUUAUGGACAAGGAUGAGGAGAAGCCUAGGAAGUUCCCAGGCCCUCCACGCCUAGGUGAGCUGACAGUGAUGGGCAUGACCUCUGACUCUCUGCUCCUGCACUGGACGGUUCCUGAGGGGGAGUUUGACUCCUUCCUGAUCCAGUACAAGGAUAAGGAUGGGCCCCAAGUGAUACCUGUGGAGGGGCCCCAGCGCUCGACUCCCAUCACAUCCUUGGAAACAGGCCGCAAGUACAAGUUUGUCCUGUAUGGACUCACUGGCAAGAAGAGGCAUGGCCCCUUGGUGGCUGAAGCCAAGAUCCUGCCGCAGAGUGACCCCAGCCCAGGAACCCCACCCCGCCUGGGAAAGCUGUGGGUGACAGACCCUACCCCAGACUCUCUGCACCUCUCUUGGACUGUCCCUGAGGGCCAGUUCGACUCCUUCAUGGUCCAAUUCAGGGACAGGAAUGGACGGCCACAGGUAGUACCUGUGGAAGGGCCUGAGCGCUCAGUCAUUGUCUCCCCGCUGGACCCUAACCACAAGUACAGAUUCACUCUGUUUGGGAUUGCCAACAAGAAGCGAUAUGGCCCCCUCACAGCCGAUGGCACUACUGGUGAGUGACUGACACCUAAUCCCCCACGUGACCUGUUCCUGCCCUCUGU